GUUUCUUGUAAGCACUGGCAAUAGAUACCAGAACUCACUUUAUUCCUUUUCUCUGGCUGUAGAGAAAAUAGAGUUGCACUUUACUGCUCGGUCAGAAGGUUUCUGUGUUUCUACAGUUUUCAGACAGUUUCCACAAUUUCACUUCAUUCCAAGGAAUCAAUCUUUCCCCAGGUGGAAGAUAAUUCCUGUUUAGCAGAGGACUGAGCCUGUCUUUCCCUUUGUGGAUGACAACCUGUGAGCCAUGACUGCUGGUAGAGGGCUUUCAGGACAUCCCUGUGGAUGGAAAGAAUCACCGCAGGGAAUAGGACACCGCCUUAAAGAAUGGCCCUCCAGAAAGACAGACCCAGGGGAAGAAGAAAAAGCAUUUGUAUACAGUGCAUUUCCAUAAAUGGCUUCAAGUUCCUUUUAAAACAACAGAACAAAACAAAAGAAGAAGAAGAAGAAGAAGAAGAAGAAGAAGAAGAAGAAGAAGAAGAAGAAGUAGUAGUAGUAGUAGUAGUAGUAGUAGUAGCAGCCGCCGCCAGGCAUCAUGGUGCAUGCCUAGAACCUCAGUGACUCCAGAAGCUGAGGCAGGAGGAUGGCAAGUUUGAGGCCAGCCUCAGCAACUUAGCAAACUUAGCAAGACCCUAAGCAACGCAGGGCCUCUCUCAAUGUAAAAAAUAAAAAGCACCGAGAGUGUGUUUUAGUAGUAAAGUGUUUCCAAGAUAAAUUUUCAAGUACCCCCCCAAAAUAAUAAUAAUAAUAAUAAUACAUAUUUCUGCCAAACAUGGCCUUCUUAA